UGCCGCCGGUUUGCGAACUGGAUAAAGCUGAGGCCGCUCUUUCAGUAGCCCCAGGAUACAAAAAAAAGAAAUUCUUCGGAAGUCUCCAAAUCCAAAGCCAAAAGCUUACUUGUUUGUAUCAGUUUCUUUGUCUCAACCUCCGUGACAGAGAAAAGUGGAACUACAACCACUGACAAUUUUGAGAUUCAUUGUAGCAGUACUGUUGAGCCACUACGAGGAACGCUAAUGCUUUUUACUUUUGUGAGCAAUGCAUAGAGACUGAAGCAAUAUCUUUACCCUGCAGUAGUUCAACAUAAGUACUUACUCUUUCACGUUUAGUACUGCUUUUUUCGUAUCAGUUUUGUUUGAUGUUUCUAACGACAUGCAAAAUGAUGGAAUUGAGCUGGAGGAGAUUGCGGGCGGCCCCAGAGCUUUCCCAGGAUUCGAACUGAACAACGCCAGUAAUCAGAAAAAGCGAGGAGCUGGGAAAAGGAAAACAUCAGGUGGGCCAGAGGUGGAACAUUUAUGUUUGGUCUUGUUGUUGAUUGUUUUUGAGACUUUGAUUCUGAAACGUAGUUUUUCUUCGUUAUUUAAUCAGACUGAUUUCAAUAUUUUUUUGUGUGUUUUUGUUUUCUAGAUGGGCGUGUUCCACCGGUAUUAUCAAAGAGUUCUUAUGAAGAUUCGAAGAUGCCAAAAGUAUAGAAGUGAAUAGCCGUUGUAUUUUUUCCGCCUCAUCCUGCUCCACUUCGUCGUUCAUAGUACGUUUUUUCCGGGACGUCAAAAGGAAGUAACUCGUCCACAUCUUCUUCCAAGAAGCCUUGCACGGACUUAGCGCGUGAGAGUCUCUUCGGCAGUACGAACACCACACUCUAUCGCGUAACUAAGGACAAGGAGUACGCGGACGUGAUCGCGAAUGCUAGCGCGAGUGCAAUUCUAGUGGAUGGGGUCGUGAAUUCUAGUGGAAAUAGACCAAGUGGAAGUAGUAGAUCUAAUAUCUCAUUUUCUUCUUCGAGAGGAACCUUUUCUGGAGGGGCGUCUAGUGGUAGCAGUGCGGCUUCUAGUAGCAGCUCAAUUCCGAACCAGAUUAUAGGGUGGAAUCCCUUCGCGAUCAUGACACCUGCUUCAGAGGCAGGAGACCUACCAAGUGGCGCAAUGGGAGGCGGCUAUAACCACGAGGAGGGUAAUGCUAAUGGAGGAGCUCCUGUCCCAGUCAUGUUCGGAAAUAUAGCAGACGCAAUGAGAGCGAAGUGGAGAGAAAUGAACACAUUAGCUGGAGUAGAUCCUGCGGCGGGAGGAAAUGGGUUUUCGGGGAUGAUAUUAUGCUGUGGGUGAAGGAUUGUGUCUAUCCUUCCGGUAUUUGGUAACCUGAAUUCGAUCACAAGGGUUCCCUUCUUGUUUUCCCUUGUGAUCAAACUCAGGUUCCCAAAUACCGGAAGCAUUCACUGCGUCACAUCGCAGUAUUGGAGGUUGAAGUAGUUUUUACUUGAAUGAUCUGUUUUGGUUCAAGCAGUUUUUUUUGGUGAUGCAGGCUGUACAACAAGCGUCUAAAAAAUUGUCUUACAACCCUCUAAUCUGAGUCCCAACGGGAUCUGCAGACGGUUCGCGUGGUGCUAUGCUCAUACUCAGACCGUGGCUUGGAGAGUUUUGCAGUAAUUUCAAGAGACCAACCCGAUUCGAUGGCCAGCAGAUCGCGAAGAACCUGUCUUAUUUUCGGGCAAACUAUCUAGUGGUUACUCUGGCGGUCUUAGUCUUCGGUCUGCUGAUGAACCCGACGAGCCUGAUCUGCAUACUUGUGGUAUUUAGAAGUUGUGAGACGAGUGCUUGAUCUACUGCGUACUUGUGUGGUACAGAAGUUUUUCAAUCUCAUUCUUGUAGACAUGAGUAGCAGGAGUAUCUCUAGGUUAAUUUUGAUGCAACAAAAACAAAAAACUUUAAUAUACGAGCAGCAAUGAUCUUGAUCUCUCAGGUCGGCGUCUGUUGGUUUUUCUUUCUGGCGAAAAAUCAAAAUCCAGAAUGGAGAACAGCGAUAGGUGGAUUGGAGCUCACGCCUUAUCAUCGUACUAAAUAUAAGUAUCUAGAUCUACUAGGUCGUGCCUCUUAUAAAUAUUAUAUUUAUAAGUUUUACACUAUAGCACACAAGCAGGGACGACUACGAAAACCACCAGCGCAUAGACUCAAGGACGGGAGACAAAUUAAGCAUAAUGAUAGAUGAGUACUAGUUCCUGACGAAUGAUUUCGGAAGUUGGCCUUGGUGAGCUAGCACCCAUAAGCAAGGCCAACUAUGCCGUUCCGAUCUCAUUGCGAGCACCUACCUUUCUCCUCUUCUCCGGUAGGACCUUAUGUGGCUGAAGUCAGGAAGUUUUACUACGAGCGCUCUAAUUAUAAUCAAUUAACCAAACCCUUCGUGAGUAACUUAGUUAUGAAGCUAUUCUUAGCAAUUAGUUGACCUUUUUACCUUCUUAGACUAUAGUAUACUUCAACAUCAUACCAAUACACCUCCAAUCAAAAUAUAGGACAACUCCACACACACACAAACCAAAAAUGACGUCCAGAAGCAUACUGCAGCACUGUCCUGUUUUCGGGAUUGUUUCGUCUCAUGUGGAACUUUUUUGACUAUCUAAGGUUUACCCGCUUAUAAGUAUAAGUUAAAAAUAUAAGUAUAUAAGUAUAUAAGUACCUUUUUUCUAAUUAGAUAUGCUCGUCCACCAGCAUUAUAUAUAAGUACCUUUCAUCGCUUUAUUUCCUUAGCAAUUAUGCUUGAUUUCAAGUGGUGGAACUAAACCUCAGUACAACAAUUGGAAGGUGACUAGUGGUAAAGCCACGACCUUCAUCUCAGGAUCCAAAGAAAUCGUCCCUACAAAUUAAUGCAGGUCUGUUGCUCAUGGGUGGAGUCUCGAGCCUGUUCCUCGUUGUUACCAUUGGCGGACUCAUCUUUAUGCUGGUUGGUCUUGGAGCGCUUGCCAGUGUGGGACAUGCGGUUGCACAUGCACCACUCACAGACUACUCCAGGGUCAUAGAAAAUGAGGAACUCGGCGUUUAAGACGAACGAUUCUACUGCGGCUGCACACAUUCGCUUGAGGAUACAGGUCAAAUAACUGUGGACGGCGAAUCAAAUCCUAUCCUAUCCUCUGAUCAUCAUGGGACUGACGCUGAUCCUGGAACUCCGAUGAAGAUGAGAACGUCGAUAGAAAGGAAAGGACGACUGCGUAUUUACAAAUAUAUAAAGUGGGCGGGCAUACGUAUCCCUUCGCAGGAAAGAAUGUUGCUACUAGUGACGCUGGUGGCAGCGUGAGUGAAUGAAUGAAUAUAGAGAAGAUCAAGAUGAUGAUUUGCUCGUACAUUAUACCAGCAUUAGAGAGGAAUCUGACGCAGUCCUCAUAAAUACAGCUCUUGAGCUAUUCUUUGACGCCGCACAGGGAGAUAACUGCGGAG